CGAAACGCUAAGGUCAUCUGUUCGAAGGUCGAGCACAUGGAUUUCAUGGAAUGUCAUUGUACUUACUCUUUUGCUAGCCUCCUCCUGGAGUUUUAGUGUGAUUCAAAUAUGCAACUCCUAGAAUCAGUCGGAAAUCUUCGACCUCCUCAAAUACCUAAAGCAACUAAUUUUAGAACAUCUGGUUCCGCGAAAAAACUUAAAGCUAUCACUUACAAAGAUCUACCACCACCUUCUAUAAGACUACGUUUAGAUGAGGCUAUUGAAAAUGCGAGGCGUAAUCAUCAAUCCAAUGUAUUUCCGAUUCAGAAUCCAAGUAUUACAAAUACGUCAUUGAGAAAAUCGAAGAAACCAGUAGCUGUCAAUGGUGGCGAUGAAGAUAACUCAAACGCCUCAGAAGUAACUCAAAUGUCUCAAAUACUACGUCCUAAUUUAACCAAAUCAAUUGUACUUCCUAAACCCAGUAUAUCUUUACGAGGUGAAGAAAGUUUGGAAAAUUGUAUACGUGGUUAUGGUAGUCAAUGGUUUAAACAAAUCAGUAAAGAAGAAUCUUUCAUUGAAAGUCAAAAAGAUGUACAUAUUCGUUGCCCACGAGGAGAGGCACUAGAUAAUUUACAUAAAGGACAAAAAGGUAUUGGUGUAAGUAUUCUACUUGAUUCAAAACAAAAUAAUACACCAAUUGUUGAAUUACAAAAUCCAAUACGUUCACUUCCAUCAAAUGAAGCUUAUACAAAUUGGCAACGUGAUCGACUCAAAGAAGCUGGUUCAAUGGAACAAAUUUUAAAUCAAGGAUGGUCAGGGAAAAGUGGUUUUACAAAUAAACCGAAUGAAAUACAAAUUUCUCAUAAAUCAUUACAUCAAUUCACUGAUGACAAUGAUGUGACUGAUCAUUCAGGUGCACAAAUGGCUGAAAUUUUAGGUAGGAAACUUCUUUCUAAUUCGCAAUCAAAUGAUGCCAACAUGAAAAUUGCUCCCCGACGUAUUCACCAAUCAGCAGCAGCAAAUGCUGCACGUGAAGGAGCUGCAUUAGCUGAAAGAUUUGGUUUAAUUGCUCCGAAACAAUCUUAUCAUGGAGUGGAUAUGGACAGGAUUGAUGAAGCAAUAUCAGAAGCUACAGUUUCUUUGGAUAUGCAACACUGUGGAAAUGGACCUCGUGCUAAAUUUGAGGGAAUUGAAUAUGCCAAUAGAAAUCGUGGAACGCUAAACAAUAGUAAUUUACACUCUAUGAAUCCUGAGUCGAUACCAAAACAAACACCACGAAUAAGGCCAGAUGCUCAAGAAAUAUAUGAGUCAAAUGAAGGUCGAAUGUGUAAAUUACUAUUGAGCAAUGAUAAAUUAAAACAACACGUGCCGCGGAAACCGAAAUUUUACCCGAAUACCAAUGAUAUUGUGGCAAGAUCAGGUGGUGUGGCGGCUAAAAGUUGUUUAAAUCCACAGAAAACAAAAUGGUGCCGAACAGUACGAAUGACACGGACAGCAUCAAUUAGAAAGAAACAUCGAAAUAGUUAAAGUAGUUAGUAUUUUGUCUUCUGUUAUUCAGAAUAAUACUUACGAUUAUAUCAAUGUACAAUAAUUGAUUGAGG